GCUGCCAAUUUCACAAAGGAGGUUUAGUUGUACGGUUCCCUAGACUUCUACGUUCGUUUUCGACUUUAGGAAACACUGGUUGACUGUAUUUGUCGUGCACUGUUUAAGAGUGCCUACUUUGUCCAGAAUACCAAGACGACCAUUCUCCAUAUCUGGUAAACCAUUCACUACGAGUUAGUCCUUGCAGAUUGCUGCGGACCAUAACGCACUUGUGAGCUGACCAAGAGCUGUGCCCUGCAAGAGUACUUUUUCCUCGUGUGCCGAAGGUUGGAGAGAGUUCUACUACCGUUGGUUUCGUAGAAGGAGUAAUGGCGACGAACGCUGCUGCUGAUGCUGUGAUGCCGGAAGAGGCCGACGAUAGUCAAAAUCAGGAUCGCAUGGUACCCCAACCAGCUUCAACAAACCAGGUGUGCAAGUGGUGUGUGCCCAACGGUGCAGGUAGCGCUUGUGAUCAGCUCUGCACAACUGGCCGAGAACUUCGAUUACACAUCUGGAAGCAACACAUGAAAGGAAGAUCACACAAAAGCAGGAAGCCGCAAGACGCCGGUAAAUGCCGUUGCCUUUGGGAGGGAUGUGGCAAGACAUACAAGAGUUACGAAUAUCUCUAUGUGCACUUGCGCCAGCACACAGGUGAACUCCCCUUUAUAUGCAAUCAUCAAGGCUGUGGUCGGGCCUUCACUCGAGCUUCAAACUUGAGGAACCAUAAGAAAUGGCACCCAGGAGGCAUACAUUUCAAGUCUCCAAAGUCUGGCUGUUCUCCUUCAUCACAUGCUGAGAGUGUAUCAGACAUAGAACAGCCAUUACCAGGCAUCAAAGGUGCUUCUGAAGCAGCAGAUGCUGCAUCUUUUGCUAACAGUAUAGAAUCUGCACCGCAAUCACAGAAGCAGGACCCAGCACCGUCACCACCACGGGAUUGGCACCCAGCACCUCCACCACCACGGGGUUGGCACCAAGCGCCUCCACCACCAUGGGGUUGGAACCCAGCACCUCCACCACCAUUGGGUUGGCACCCAGCAUCUCAACCACCAUGGGGUUGGCACCAAGCACCUCCACCACCAUGGGGUUGGAACCCAGCACCUCCACCACCAUGGGGUUGGCACCAAGCACCUCCACCACCAUGGGGUUGGAACCCAGCACCUCCACCACCAUGGGGUUGGCAUCCAGCACCUCCACCACCAUGGGGUUGGAGCCCAGCACCUCCACCACCGCUGGAGGGGCAUCCAGCACCUUCACCACAUCAGCACCAGCAGGAUCCAGGAUCGCCAUCACAUCAGCAGCAGCACCAAGCACCGCCACUACCCUAGCAGUAUCCUCCUCACCACCGCUACCCCAGCAGUAUCACCCAGCACCACCACCACUACGGAAUCAGCAGGUCCCCGUACUUGCA